UUAUUCUGUUGAAAUAAAGUUCACUUGGUAGAAUAAAAAUCUGUUUUGUGCACAUGUGCUAAUAAAUGGGAUGACAAUGUUCCGUGAGACAAAAUUAUCAGUUUGUGAGAAUUGUUAUCAUAAUUAUACAUUAGUCAAAUGGAAAAAUUAGCACUCUAGCACAGAAUCAUUGACCCUCAAUGCCUCUCUAAUGUGUAGAUAAUUGCUGCACCCUAGUGGCAAUACUAAGAAAUUACAAAAUUCCUACUGAAGUGCUAAGAUGGUACAAUUGCUGCAUUAAUAUCUGAGUGAUUAAAUCCAAACGGUUAUAUUCAUUCAUUUUCCAAUAUGUGAUGUCAUAGCAACUAAUUUGUCAGACUCUGUGUCAGCUUUUCCAUUUUUCAGAUUCUAUUUUAAACCUCUUUUUAAACUUGAACUUCAACAGUGAUUUGUGUGGAGGUCAAAGGUCGUGUGUGUCAUGACCCCACGGGAGCAGCUGAGGAAAAUGACCGCCCUGGGAGAGCAGGGAGCUUUGGAUGAGAAGCACUGGUAUCGUCUGGUCAAUGGCAUGUCAGCUGGAGAGCUCAGGCACAGGCAAGAGAUGAUAAUGAGGAACCAGAUGGCCAUGGCUCCACAGAUUCUCGCUCAGGGGCAGCAGAGGUUACAGGGGGUCCCGACACAGUUCGAACCACGCUUCAUGGAGAGGGAGUUGGUCCCCCCCAAUGAGAUGGUAGCUUCUGAUGCCAGACAGAUGCACAUGGCACCUCACCUGGGUCCCCCUCUACCUCCACAUGCCAGUUCCCUUCCUGGGAGAGCUUUCCCUGGAGCAGGAUAUGGCUUCUUGCCCUCUGAGCCCAUGGAAACAGUUGCCCGGCGACAGGAGCUCAUUCACAAGCAAAAUAUAGCCAGAAUGGAGAUGAAUGCCAUCCUGCAUCAGAAGGAGCUAGAGAAUGCUCACCAAAAGGGACUGAUGGGAAUGGACAACCCCAUGUCAUACCCCUCUAACCCCAUGGCUUUCAGAGGUCGUCAGCGGAUGCCAGAUGGCCAUGAUGUCUAUGUCCAUCGUCCCACCUUGGAUGAACUUCACUCCAACAGCAUACUCAUGUCAGCCAGCCCUUAUCCACCAAUCAGCACUCUGCACAGAGAGAGGGGACGCAGGGCAGGAAGAAGGCCGACCGCUCACAAGAGCGCAGACAGCCACGUGCCCAACUUGAAGGGCCAAACUGAAGAUAAAAGCGUAGAGCAGAGCCCAGGGGCCACAUCAGGGGAGGAGAAAGACGUGGAAGCAAAGGGGGACAUGGGCGAGGAGUGUGUCGCCAGCAAGACACAUCAUCAAGCCAAAAUAGACUCUGAACUCGCCACAGGAAGCAGGAAGAACUACAAAGAGGGGGAGCCAGGCCUGCGUAAAGCCUGCGUUAACAGCCAAGAUGGGUGCUCAGAUGGGACCAACAGCGGCGCAAAUGACAAAGACAUAUCGAGCCAAUGUUCAGCUUUCCAGGAGAAAUUCAUGUACCCCUCAGCUGGUGGAGCCCUCACAGGCAUGCCUUACAUGUUCCCAGUCCCUGGAAAUGGUUUCCUCCCACCUGGCCCACCAAAUCUAUUUCUGAAUGGCGAUGAGGUGCCUGAGGACAUAAGGAAGUGGACUGUGAAUGAUGUUUACAACUUUGUCAACAGUAUACCCACAUGUUCAGAAUAUGCUCAGACAUUCAAGGAUCACAUGAUUGACGGGGAGACACUUCCCCUCCUCUCAGAGGAGCAUCUACUGGACACACUGGGGCUCAAGCUUGGGCCGGCUCUUAAGAUCCGCUCGCAGGUGUCCAGGCGCAUGGGCAGCAUGUUGUACAUGAUGAAUCUGCCACUGUCCACCACCACCCUGCAGGCCACUCCUGAGAAGCCUGUGGAUCACUCAUCAGAGAUUGGCUCCCCUGUUAACUGCAACAGUGAGGAGAUGAUGGCAAGUCCAAGAGACCCUGAUGUCCUCAAGUCCACAGAGCACCUUCACGAGACAGAAAACAAUUCUCCCCCAUCUGCCAGCAGUGAGACAGCCUGAUCAAUGAUGAUAAUAUGGAAAUAUGAGGACACAUGCAAACCUGACCAGGAAGUAUCUGCGCCUACAGCACUGCCUGAUGAACUGCUGCUGCUCCAGUGUUGGUUUACACAAUGACUUACUGGAUUGAAGAUGCUUUUUUACUAUUUACUAUUGCUGCCUGGGCUUAUGAUACACAGGUCCACAAGACCUACGUGUCUGCUAAAUAUUUGUAUUAAAAAUAUAUUUUUAUGUAUCUGUAAAAGUGGAGGGAAACUGAUGGGGAUUUUGAAUUAAGAAAGAUGUUGAACUAAGAAGGUCUUUUUUCUCUUUUUUCAUUCUGGGCCUGAGUUUCUGAACAUCUGAUUGUAGCUUUAAACUCAGUUUUGAUUUAUGUUAAGCUGCUAAGUGUCAUUUUUUUUAGCAGGUCUGCACAAGGACCAUAGAAACCAUAUGGGGAUGGUUUUAUAAUCAAAUAAUGAAAUACUUAAGUGUGACCUUUGGAUUUGGAUGUUUGAUACCUUUUUGGUUACGUUUGUUUGUUGAAUGGAUUGUAAAUAAAGUUUUUUCUAGG